GUGGCGAUAUCACAUAUUCUGUGCUCCUGAAGAAGCGGUGGAAAUCCCAGACGGAAAAGGAAACACUUGGAAAGCUACGAAAAUGGCUGAAGUGGUUGAGCUCCAAAAACUGAAGUUGGCUGAGCUGAAGCAGGAGUGUGCGCUCCGUGGGCUGGAAGUUAAGGGCAACAAAGGAGAUUUGAUUGCACGGCUGCAGGCGUACAUCGAUGAACAUGAAGAUGAUGUCAAUGAAGAAGUCUUAGAAGAGUUUACAGAGGAGGCAGCAGCACCUGAACCAGAAGUCCAAGAAGAGUUGGCUGAACCUGAAACGGAGACAGUGAAAAAAGUUGUUAAAAUCGCCUUUUCCGAAACGGCCGAUGAGAGAUUGCAGAAAAGAGCAGAACGCUUUAAUCUUCCCGCAACCUCGGAAAGCAAGAAGGCUGCACGUGCUGCAAGGUUUGGAAUGCCAGCAACAUCGGCGCCCUCUAAAGGAAUCUCUGCUGUUUCAAACACCAAUGUUGAUGUUGAAGUCUUGAAGAAGAGAGCGGAACGAUUUGGCAUGAACGUCUCUUCUGUGUCUAAGAAGGUUGAAGAGGAUGAAAAGCUGAAAAAGAGGAAGGAGAGAUUCGGGAUCGUCACAAAUGCAGCCUCAGUUGGACCUGAUGAUUCAGAGGCAAAGAAGCGAAAACGAGCAGAGCGGUUCGGAAAUGUGUGAUUGACUAAGCGAUUUUUUUUUUUUUUUUUUUUUUUUACUUUUUGUAUUUUUUUUUUUAAUCUUUCAGCUAUUAGAUCAUGGUGUACUUUAGUCACUCGUUUAUGUUGCAAGUUCUGUACAAUAAACAUCUGACAAAUUUCUGUA